AGUCGUCUAAUGUAGAAGUGUCCACCCGCCAACUACAUACAAAUGCAGACGGGAUACACCUAAUGCUUUGUCACAUUCUUUGUCACUUAUUCACUUUAUCUCGGUCACCUUCUUUUCUUUCUCUCUUUCUCCCCUCCCUCCCUCACUCUCUUUCUGCCUCUCUCCCCCCUCCUCUCUCUCUCUCUGCCUCUCUCUCUCUCUUUGACAGCAACAUUAACUCACACUGAACAAACUCACACUUCACACCACUUUUGACAGCACCCGUUCGGACGAAGCAGCUUUCGCGUGGAUUGCUGCCAUCAACAUGGAAAAGAAAGCUGACGUGAAGGCCAUGAUGGCUCGCUUCCAGGCGGCCGGGGCGAGCGUCGAUGAGACUUGUUCCUCACCGGCGGGGCAAAUCAAACUACCCCUGAAAACCACCCUCUCAACCGGCCCGGCCGCACCCACCAAGAAACCCGCCUUGGAGAGCAAGUCAGGCAGUGCGAUAAAUGUUCUCCCGAAACCCAAUUUUCAGCUCUCUACACAGUCACAGGAACCAAACAAAGCUAAAGCGCUGGCUAGCAGGUUUGGAAACAUCCAGGAUGACAGCGGCGCAAAGCCUUUCCUUGGUAACAAACCCUUGAAGGCCCCCCUUCCACAGGCUCAUGAAGCUAAAAGCCCUGGUUGGAAGCCCCCGCUCACUGCGUCGGACUCCAAACCCGCCUUUCCUAAACCCUCGCCGGCAUUCAACUCCAAGCCCGGCUGGGUGAAAGAAGACAGCGGCGGGGGUUUACAGAAGAAACCCAGCAGCUUUGUAAAACUGCGGCUGCAAAGUGAGGAGACGGCCGAGGGCGUCCCGAACGCCGCCAACAAACCGACAAGCUCCACCUUCAGGCCCUCGUCCAACUUCAGGACUGCUCAGAGCAACUCGAACAAGGAGCCGGAUAGCGACGGCAAAGCAGACUGGGCCAACAAACCGCCCCCCGGUGUCGCCAACGCCGUCCCUCCUCCGAAACCACUACCCAGUAAAAAGCCCAGCCUGAAGAAACCUCGAAACCUUUCGCCUGGCAGCAACGUCAGCGAUGAUGCUUCAGGCCCCAAGCGUAACCCCCUGCCCAACAGUCUGGCUUUGGGCCCCCCUCCAGCCAAGCCCAACCGACCCAUCAGGGUCAACCUGGAGAGCUUCAAAACAGGCGCCGUGGCCUCUGAACAUGUUCCAGGCGCCUUUAAGAAACCAAUCACCUCCACCCCUCUGGCCUCUAACGCCAGUAACCACAGCAACCAUGUGACCCCACCUCAACCCACUCUGCCCCCACGACACCCCGGAGCCAUGCCCCAGCAGGAUGAGGACAUUGACCAUCCCGCUCCUCCACCUCUGCCACCAUCGGCAGGUCAUCCAUCCAGGGCAAAGGCCCAGGAGGACGAUGGUAACAGUAGUGACGGAGACAUGUAUGAGGCGCUUGAUGAGCGAUGGGAGGUGGUCGAACAGCAACAAGAAAAGAAGAAGGACAAAGAGGACAAGGAGGAGAAAAAAAGACUGGAGGCUGAGAAGAAAGAGCAGAAGGAACGUGAGAAGAAGGAACUAGACGCCAAAAAGAAAUUCAAACUGGUCGGCUUCCUGGAGGUCAUCCACCAAGGGAAGGCUCUUGUGGAUUGCCGGGGCGGUAAGAACGACCUUGCUCUGAAGCAGGGAGACAACCUGGACAUCAUACGUGUGCAGGGAAACCCAGAGGGAAGGUGGUUGGGACGGUCGCAGGAUGGAUCCAUCGGUUAUGUGAAGACCACUUCAGUAGAAAUUGACUUUAACACGCUGAAGAAUCGUUCAACUCAGCUGGCGUCCGAGCCAGAGAUAUACGAUGACAUCGACGUGACCGUUCCUGAUAAAAGUGGGAUGCCAGGAGAAGUUGAUGAAGAAAUAUAUGACGAUAUUGAUCCGAACGCGGAAGACAGUACCCUGGACUCUAGGUCUUCUCCCACGAAGCCUCGUAGCUUCCUACGGAUGUUUGAGCGGAGCAGACGUCUUGUCAGCACUAAAGUAUUGCCUCCCCCACCUGCAGAAGGGAAGUCAGAUCCCGUAGAAGGAGCAAUCGAUGAGAUAUACGACGAUGUUGACUCUCAAAAUCUUCCUCCGCUUCCCCCCAUCAGCAGCAUUCCACUGAGAGGAAAAAGCAAGACGGAAGAGAUGGACCCGAAGAAGCAGAAAAAGUUUGAGAAAGAGGAGAAGGACUUCAGAAAAAAGUUUAAAUAUGACGGGGAGAUACAGGCGCUGUACCAGGUGACCAUCUCCCCGACACUUACCAACAAGAAGUGGGGUCCCAAAGAGCUUCCAGUCAAAGCAGGAGAGCAACUUGACGUCAUCGUGAAAGCCGAGGACAACAAGCUGAUCUGCCGUAACGAGGACGGCAAGUUUGGCUACGUAUCGACCAGCCACGUGGAUAUGAAUGAUGGAGACAUCUACGAUGACAUUGGAGAAGAUUGCAUCUAUGACAACGAUUAGAAACAUCUUGCAAUGGUUUUUCUUUUUUCUUUUAAAUUGAUAUUGUUCUUGUUAUUUAUUAUGUUUAUCAAUAAUACAUUUGGACUCAUUUUUGGGGGAAUUUGGCGCGUGAUCAUCAUACAGAAUUGUCAUUUUAUUUAUCAAUGACCAUUGGAAUUGUUUCCGUAAUAUGGACAAGGUGGCGAUGAUUCAGUGAACUGGAUUCUUUCUUCAUUUGUUUCCUUAAAAACAACAAAAUGAAACAAUUUGAUGGGUUCCUAUUUCAAGCAGUACGUCAAGAGGGAAACAUUUGUUGGAGUGCAUUUGCAUAUCAGUCUGCCUUCAACCACAACAGCAUUCACUUGUAACCUUGUACUGUGUUUUGUAAUUUUAUAAUAAUAGCUACAAGUUGUUAACAUUACUUGCUAUUUUGUCUUAAGUUAAUGUCCACGAUAUGGAACUGUGUGUAUACUCCAUUUCAACCUGUUGCUCCCAAACUCACCCAGGGGGGUCAAAAGAUCAACAUGCAGACGAAACAACUGUUCUAGUGUGAAUGCUCCUGUAUAAUACUUUACAUACAAAUGUGAUAAACAUAACAUAAAACAUAAAGUUUUUCUCUACA